AUGUGUGAUAUUCUCAGCAACAUUCAAGCCUUCUAUCUCUUCACCAAGAACCCAGCAUCUCCACCUCACACUGGACCAAGCAUCUCCAUAAAUGGUACACACAAUCAACAAGAGCCCCAAACAUCUAAUGGUCUGUCAGAUAACCCUGGUUUGGUUGCGGUUAUUUGCAUAUUUGUGUCUAUUCUCUGCAUUGCUGUGGUUGUGGUGGCAGUAAAGACCUGCCAGAAAAAGGAGCCAGAAUUUGAGAAACUGGAUGACGUUCCCAUGAACGGAAUAAAUGAAGAAGCUCCCUUUGCCCGUUACCCACCCAAAUAAUUCAAGACAUUUGAUGGAAAAUUCUAUUGGUUCCAGUGUAAAUAAAGCCACUUAUUGUUUCUAAUAA